CCGGCUUUUCCUUUAGACUACAGAUCUCACGACAUUUGAAUUCUCCCCAGUUUUGUCCCUCUUCUGGUAGCCACUGACCGCCGAAUUGCAGCAAAUACCCGUUAACGGUUUCGUGCGUGUGUGGAUGAGAUGGAAAACUUCAAUGAAAAGCGGGAGCCUGUCUUAUAUUCUGCCAUGCAAUCGCCUGCCCAUGCAGUUGAUGAGUCAAGUGAGAGUUUACACAUCCAAUGGUCAGAAAAAAGAUCUUGGAUCAGAAGAUACAAAUAGAUCAGCCCGUGAAGAAACACUAAAUAAGGCUGAAACAGGACAAGAUACAACCAAUGCAAGUCAAAAGCAGUCUUCACCUAAACAACCAAUUCAAGUAAAAGUGAAAGCAGUCCUUAAAAAAAGAGAGUACGGACCAAAAUACACCCAAAAUAACUUCAUCACUGGAGUCAGAGCAAUAAAUGAAUUUUGUCUUAAGUCCAGUGAUUUAGACCAGCUGAGGAAAAUUAAACGACGAAGUCCCCAUGAUGACACUGAGACUUUCACCGUAUACCUGAGAUCAGAUGUAGAGGCAAAGUCUCUUGAAGUUUGGGGUAGUCCAGAGGCUCUUGCCAGAGAAAGAAAACGGCGUAAAGAGGCAGAGAUCAAGUACAGAGAAAAUCUAUUUAGAAACCAAAGGCUGUUGUGGGAAUACAGGGAGUUCUUUGGAAAUACUAAGCCACGCUCCAGUACAGCAACUAUGUUUUUCAAGGGACCAGGGAAGGUGGUAAUGGUAGCUAUUUGCAUAAAUGGGUUGAAUUUUUUCUUUAAGCUACUUGCUUGGGUUUACACGGGUUCUGCAAGUAUGUUUUCAGAAGCCAUACAUUCUUUAGCAGACACAUGUAACCAGGCAUUGCUAGCUUUGGGCAUCAGUCAGUCUGCAAGGACACCUGACCCUAGUCAUCCGUAUGGUUUCACAAACAUGCGCUACAUUGCCUCCCUGAUUAGUGGAGUAGGCAUUUUCAUGAUGGGUGCAGGACUUUCUUGGUAUCAUGGGAUCAUAGGUUUACUCCACCCUCAUCCUGUAGAAUCUCUUCUCUGGGCAUACUGCAUUUUAGCAGGGUCAUUGGUAUCUGAAGGAGCUACCCUUCUUGUUGCUAUAAAUGAAAUUCGCAGGAGUGCUCGUGCCAAGGGCCUGUCAUUUUAUCAAUAUGUUGUGCAGAGUCGUGAUCCUAGUACAAAUGUGGUGUUACUGGAGGAUGCUGCAGCAGUUUUGAGCGUGGCUGUAGCUGCUACCUGUAUGGGUCUGACUUCUUUAACAGGAAACCCAUAUUAUGACAGCGUGGGGUCUCUAGGUGUUGGAACUUUGUUAGGAACUGUCUCAGCAUUUCUGAUCUACACUAACACUGAAGCCCUGCUGGGACGAUCCAUUGAACCUGAACAACUGCAGCGACUCACUGAGUUACUGGAAAGUGAUCCUGUAGUAAGAGCAAUUCAUGAUGUUAAAGCCACAGACAUGGGAAUGAGCAAAGUGAGAUUCAAGGCAGAAGUAGACUUUGAUGGACGUGUUGUUACUCGGUCUUACCUGGAAAAACAGGACAUUGAACAGCUGCUACAAGAAAUUCAGCAAGUGAAAACCCUUGAAGAAUUAGAAGCCUUCAUGCUUAAGCAUGGUGACAAUAUCAUUGACACACUGGGAGCUGAAGUAGACAGACUUGAAAAGGACCUGAAGCAACGAAAUCCUGAUGUUCGUCAUGUGGAUUUGGAGAUACUAUAGAGUCAAACAGAAAAAAUCUUCAGGUUGCUACUCCUUUGGAAAGAAGUCAUGUAAAGGGCUGAAGAGCUUCUGAAAUUGCAGUGACCUCAGCACCAUACCUCGCUUACUUAUGCUGUAGGCUUCCUGGACUGUAAGCACUGCUUCUGUUUCUGGAAGAGUGCUAGACUUGCAGACAAAAAUUUCCAUGGCAAAAUCAGUUUUCAAAAGCUACUCGAGUUAAAUUCCACAGGAGAGUCUAUCUGAAUAUAUUUACUGUGAUUCAGAACUUAAGACUUGAGAUUUAGUUAGGCAAAUACAGCUGCCUGAAACUAUAUAACACACUUAGUUUUCCAUUUGUGUCCCUUUGCAGUCAGUUUGCACUUCUUUAGUUUCUUUCAAGAUAUCAUUAAAGGUUCUUGGGAGAUAUUAAGAUUAGCUAGGAGGAGUUUGUUCCAGUGGAACCUGCCAACCUUAAACUAUUUCAAUUGUGCAAUUGUUUCAUAGUUUUUCUUUUCUAUGAGAUAAAUUCUUCCAAACGGGCGCUGGCCUUCUCUCAAGUACUGUGACCUGGAAACCUGCUUUUUGCCACCAUUACGAUUACCAAGAUUACCAACUGCACUUCAGAAAAAUAAGAUUUUUCACCUCAGUGGAGCCAGCUGUAUGGGUUUAGCCAGAGUAUAUUAAGCUACUGUGAAAAAUUACUGUGUACGAAUUUUGGUGCACUUCCUCUUUUUAGUUUUGUUCUUUUUUCCCCUGCUCUGACACUUGUUUUCUUAUUUGUAAUUAUCUUCAGAUGUAAUCUGAGGGAUAUUUAUGGUAGUGCUUAUUAAAAGUUACCUAGCAUUUUUGGCUUUUUAUAUUUUAAUAGGCUCUAUUGCCAGAUAUGGUCUUUUCUAGAAGGUGCGAGAGAUGUAGUUGGAAUACACAAUAGUAAAAAAUGAACUAUUUAUAAUUAAACAAAUGAAUACAUUAUAUUCUUAAUUUAUUUAUCUCUAGAUAUUAUUUGUUAUCUGAAUUCAAAACCAUUUUGUUUUUUAAAAGUUGACCGUACUUGUUUUGGAAAGUAAAGUAAUUCUAUCAGUGGUCCUCAACAAUCCUGAGAGAAGGUCUUAGUUUAUAACUUUGAAAUAUUGAUUUUAGCACUGUAUAUAAUUGGCCUCAAGGCUUUCUGCAGUAGGUACCCAAGUUGUAUCAGACUCUUUGAGACCCAGUCUUUAUUAAUAAGGCCAUGAGUAUUGAGCACAAAGUUGAAAUAUAAGUGGAAUAACUGUAUAUAAGUAACACUGAGAAAAUUUGUUUAUGCACUUUAACAUAAAAUUUGCUCAUGGGUGAAAGGUAGUAAUAAGACCAUCCUAGUAACUCAGUUGCUGAAUAAUGACUGACUUGCUGAAGGAAGAAAUGUUGAUAUGAAAUACAAGUCUUCAAAAAUCAAUUUAAAAUUAAAUUGUAAGCAUUGCAGCAAAUAAUUUUGGAGACCAAUAUGUCCAGAUUUGACUAAAAGCUUUUUAGAAUUUUUUUUUCAUACUAAGUGUCACUUACACAGUGAAUUAUGAGAAUUUAAAAUAGCAUGCCUUUUUGGCAACUGCAAAGCAUUUUGCAUGCUGGUCAUUUUAAGUAGAAAAACAUUCCAGAGUUAAGUUACUCUUCAGUACCUUUGUCCAUAAUCCCUAUUCACUGGUGGCUUCUUUAUAGUAUAAUACCUUACUAUGGCUAAUUCAAAAAAAAGCUUGCUUUAUCUGGUUUUCUCCUUUUGUAGAACUAGUUAGUAUAUUUAAGCCUGAUGAUUUGAAAUGCAGUUCAAAGGUAAUUUGGAAGUCUCCCAUAUCAAAUAUUAAGGCAUAUUUUAGCACCUUAUAAAUAAUUUACCUUCUCACCUGGCCAUGUAAAAUUCAUCUCAUCUCAGUAUGCACUCUGCUGGUAUUAGUCUUAUUCAUGAAGAGCACUGGAAUCUGGUAACGCAUACCCUGUUUUCUUUUCCCUAGAAUCUUUAUAUAGAUUUUGAAUUUGAAUAAACAUGUUAGUAAGCCAGUCAUUCCAGAAAUCUUAAAAACCUGAAGAGAAGUAAAACUGGGAAAAUAUUCUUCCUGUGGAGGUUAGUGAAGACAGCCAGUGUGAUCGAAGUGGUUUGUGUGCUGGAGUUACUGAUGAAUGAGUAGUGCCAGUAAGCACUUUGCAGGGCAGAAGUUUCCCUGCAAGGUUAGUAAAUGUUAUCUCAAUAGCAAAGGGUUCCCAUAUUGUUUUCAAGAAAAGACAUGAGUUUAUAUUCUUACAGGACAUCUGCUCCAAGAGCCUAUAAAAAUGUUUUUUUUUAUUCAUCAGAGAUGUAAUUCAUCUGAAUUCUGAUCCUAAUUUCCUUAUUUGAAUCAGAAGAAUACUCAUCCACACACCUUUUGUUUGUAUUCCAAGAUAGAAUUAACUUCCUUGUUUCCCAGUUUCAUUAUUAAUUAUAGCAACACAGUAUGUUAAAUUUAAGAAGCCAGAACUUGAAUGUUUUUAGGUAUAUUACAGUCAAGCAGUUUGAGGACCCAGUUCCAUUUUUAAAGUGCCCUGGAUGGUGACGUAGCACAAAAGGGCAUGCAGACUGGUUUCAGCAGUACCCUGUAAGUUUACAUGUCAUGCAGGAUGGAAAAUACUGAUUCAUGUAGCCUGUCAGGUUGGAAAGGAAAAGUAAUUCCAAGCUGUUACAUUUUAAUUUUUAUGUUAGAAUUUGCAGAUUGCUUUUAACACUUUUGUUAUUUUUACUGCUUUUUUCAUUAACUGUGUUUAUAGUAAAAAACUUGAGGUGAUGUGGGUCCAGGACUUAGUUUACUUUUGUUUUAAUGUUUUUUGGGGAAAAUUAUUAGCAAAUACAUUUACAUUAUAGAAUCCUCAGAAUUAAAGAAAACUUAAAAAGUGUGGAGGAGUGAAUUUUUUCUUUAUCACAAAUGCAAUUGCAUGAUGAUUCUUUUUGGUUGAUUUUAAAGAAAAGGAGUAGGGAUUUACCUACCAAUGAAGUUAUAUUCUAGGAUUUUUUCAAUUAAAGUGUGGUGUUUUAAAAUAAUUUAUUUUUGUAGACUGACCUUGCAGGUUCUGGUUUUUCAAAUUGUGUUCAAAAUAAUACUUCCCUCUCUGCUUUGUGGAAGGUUGCUUACAUGCUGUGCAGUGUCUCAUAAUUCUCUAAAACUUGCAAUGUGUGAAAAAAAUUGUCUUUGUGUUCCAAUAUACUGAAUGAUCUUAUGUAUUUUAAGUCCAGGUUGGCUGGAUGCUAAUAAUGUGUUUUUCUGUAGAAUUUUUUUUCUGUAAGAGAUAAAAUUUUGAAGUGAU